GCCGGUUCCUGUUAUCAGUCGACGUUCAGCGCAAGAAAGUAGUGUCGUUCUACGGUUGAAGAGAAAUCAGCUGUUUCUUUGUUCCUUUCCAGAACAGUCUCGCUAACGAUAUGGAAGUAAUACCGGUCUCAAGUCAUACCUACAAUAAUCAAAAUGAACUCGAUUACGAGUACGAUCCAACCUUAGACGAAGAUAACGAGCCAAUAGUCAGCGCUUUGUCGAAACGGUUAGAAGAAGAGCUCCGUGCGGCCAAAAGGACUCACCUGUCUUGCGGUGAGGUUCUUUUACCGUGCGGUCUUCUUCAAAGAAUAUCAAGGGACGUCCUAGUGAUGGCAGAUUCUGAACCUUGCGGGCUUCGAGGUUGCACCCUUUACUUCAAUUUCGCUAGCGACGAAGACAGCAGACGCUUAAGUACGGUGAAGUGCGAUCCAUACACCGCCAGCACAUUCGAACUGUAUCUCACGCUUAAGGAAAAUCCAAGGGGCUGGGACUCUUUCCUGCCGCAGUUCUUGAAAAAAAUAACGCGAGGCGGCACGGUAAUGAUCAGUUCUGAAUAUGAAUUAACAAAGAAGAAAUUGUAUAGAUCGUACGUCGACUGAAUCGGCAAACGGAGAGCCCGAAUCGUCGAGUCCGUCGCUUUGCUUAUAUGCCAAGACUGAAUAUUAAAAAAAGUAAAACGAUCACCGCAUCAUCUCAUAAAUAUUCAUGGAUAAAUAAUCGUGUUUGUUUUUAUACUGCGAAAUGAUUUUUAAGUUAAUUUCUCAUUGUCACUCAUCAUAUAUAUAUAUAUUAUAUUCUCAUCAUUUAAUAAUAUUGUUGUCCGUAGUAUUAAAUGUGGGAUACCGACCGCGUGCGGUUUCCUCAGGUGUGAUAGUAGAUACACGUAGGGACUCUAAAUGUAUAUUAAUAAUUACAAAAAACUAAAAUUCGUAGAAAUUUAAGGAUCGCAAUAAAAAUCAACAAUCUUGUGAGGAGGCGUAGUAGGAGCAUGCCUGUGCCACCCCGUUCGAGGGGUUUUGUAACGACGAAUUUAUUUUGUGUCGGUGAUAAGAUGAUGUGUUUUCCGAUUAAAUUUUGACCUGAGAAUUUAUGUUUAAGUUUGUGAUAUUAGUUACGGUAAAAUAUUUUUUUUUGUAAGCGCGGUCGCCGGUGUUCACCUCGGCAUUUUGCCCCCUUUCGACUCUGCUCGAAUGGGGUGCAAAUUCCGCUGAGGAAUGGUUGCAAGAAAUCAGUAUUUUCAACCGGCGUUCUCGCACCAAAGGUGACUGUAUGUGAUCUCAGUGAUUUGUAUUCUUAAAAAUUCAAAGUUAGGUCUUCUUGUAUGUCGUAUACGCCGGUCAAGAGACUGUUUUUUUUUUUUUUAAUUAUUUUAAUGGAUUUUAGUGGUAAGGGUUAUCUCACUCAGUGUGAUAGUGCAGGUAACUGUACAGUUCUCAAGCUUUUUAAUUUUUAUAUCGGUAAUGUGAAAAUACGAUGAUAUAUUAUAGAUUUAUAAAAGAUGUUUUAUAACAAACAAAUACAAAUAAUACCAUUUUUUUGAAAUGAA